AUCAUCAGCAUGGCCUAACCAGCUGACUGAAGACUUGUACAGCAGCAUGUACAACCUCAGCAAGGGAUACCUCACGGACAACUUUGUGUUCCUGACCGUCUAUUACGAGGAUUUCAGUUACAUGAAGAUCUCACAGCUAAAAGCGAUGGACGGUGGACAGCUGGGAUCUAACAUGGGAGGCAUGAUGGGGCUGUUCAUCGGCGCCAGCGUGCUGACACUGGUGGAGCUCACCGAGUAUCUGGUGGCUCGCUUCAACAGGUCCUGGGACAGAAGGAAGCGCCCUCUGUCUGUUCGGGUCCAACCUGCAGCGGGCUCGGAGAUGAGAGAAAAGAAACAACCAGCUGAUUCCAUUGUUUUUCACAAGUAGCGCUUGCUUCAAUCUGCAUACAAUUUGACUGUUUAUAUAAGAGUGUCACACUGUACACAAUGUUGACCUCAAUAUCAAUAAAAUAUUGUAAAUUCAUUUAAAUUUAAAACCAUCUUCAGCAGAAAAAGGUAUGCAGUUCCUAUUCACAGUAAUUGUACCUUGCUUGUAAAACUGUCCAAAUCAGUUUGUUGUUUAUUUUCAUGUGAUUGACACUUCUCGAAGUUCUGGGACAGGAGAAAGCGCCCCCUGUCUGUUCAGGUCCAACCUGCAGCAGCCUCAGAGAUGAGCGAAAAGAAACAAGCCGAUGUUUUUCACAAGUAGCGCUUUGGUUUGUUGCGAGCACACAAUGACUGUAUAUGUGUUGCACUAAAACUUUGACAUGAAAGUAUGCAUUAUUACAUUCAAGUGCAUAAAAAUUCAGAUAUUAGUAUAGGAGCCAAUUUUGGAGGACAAAGCCAUUCAGCACUCAGGUCUCCCACCAGCUAGAAGUAAGUGGGGCCCUGAAAGGGGGAACUAGCCCAGCCUGCUAGCCUAGCCCACCCUAUCGAUUCCGGAAACCCUAUUCAGUACCUUGGUCAAUACUGUGAAAAUGAUUUUGGAUUCAUGUACAGAUCCAAAAUUUUAGAAUAUCCAUGUAGCUGACUGGACUUGAAAUCAAUUAGAUUACAUUUUGACUUAUUUUAUGACUAAAACUAGGUUAUUUUAACCACAAAUUUUAAAAGGAAACUUAAGCAUCAGAAAGGUGUAAAUAUUGUAUGUUGAUUGAAAUCAGCACUAACUUUGAUUUAAGAUCCUGCCAAAGGCAAGGUAAAUUUGAAAAGUUUGUAUAAGUGUUGCACUGUACAUAGUAUUGACUUCAUCAUCAACAAGAGUAACUGUCUUGGUACUCAAGGGCUAUUUUGUAUCCUUCACGAUGGCUGCUUAUGUCACAGCCAGCUUGAAAAUUCUAUGGCAUUUAAGUUCGCAGGGAUUUACUUUCGCAGUAGAUGAGAAAUGGAGUGUGGUUUUAAG